AUGACCUCUAGUACCCAAACUUCCCCCUCAGAAAUAUUAAGUGGAAUUAAAAACUACAUCGAGAAAUCAUCAUGCCAUAAUAGCAAUGAGGAUAAAGUUAAUGCAACCCAGGGAAAUAAUCUGGAGAAUUGGGGGUGGGGAAACGUGAAAUUUAGUUGUGAUGAUGAUAGCCAUCCACGCGGGUUCAUGGUGGAUCAGUACAAUCGUAGAGUUCGAAUGAUGGCCUGUUCGUUGAUCAACGGAAAUCGUUACACAUUCCACUUGGGGGAUUACAAAGAAGGCCUCCAACAAAUCACAUACAGGCUACGAGAGCACCCUCGUAGCCUCUUGAUUCAUCUGCGGACUCCCUUGCCUUGCUUGUAUCAUCUCAACCUGUCUAGGAUCUGCGAAAGUCGAAGGUUUAUUAAUUUGAAGAUGAUGAACAGCGCGGCUAUAUCUUGGUGGACGGACUACCGGGGCAUGAGGGAAGAAUUUACUUCAGCGUAUCUAAUCGCUACUGUAGCAAAAGUGAAGAGAGUGUCGCACCACGGUGCUACGGAAGGCGAAAAUGAGGCAGCCCGCUCUUGUACGCCCGUAAAUGAGGCCGAGAAUACUUCCUAG